CGAGGGAUGGAAUAUGCGUUCCCGGGCCCUGUGGGCUCCCCUCCCGGUCCCUGAACCAGGGCCCUGUCUUGUCACCAAACCUGGGGACUGGCUGGUCUACAGCUCCCGCCCCCCAACAACAGCUGGAGGCCGUAGCGCCAGCCGCUCCUGAAUUUUUCACGCAGGGGGCGGGCCGGACACGCCGUUCCCAUGGCACCGGGGCACUCGGGUUACAGCCGGGGAUACCCCAGCCCCCAGUCCCCAUAGGGCACCAACCUAACCUGUCUUGCCUCCGCCUCAGACCAGGUGGGACUGGACAGCGGAAGUAACCCCCCAGGCGCCCUCAACCUCCCCUGCAUCCCCCAACCCAAAAUGAGUGAAAGAGACCAGUGGAGAGGCGGUAAAGGGGAAGUUGCACUGCGGGGCACAGUGAUUGUCUCCCGCUCUGGAUGCGAGGAGCAGAGCUGUGUCCUCCCGCCUGGACCCUGAAGCCAGAAAACCCCCACCCCAAGGAGCUGUAGUGUCUCCCAUUGAACAAGAGGGGACUCUGGAGGAAGCCAUCUCAGCAGCUCCCCAGGAGCUUCUAGAAGAAGUCAAAGCAACUGCCUCACUGCCCUUCCUUCUGGAAGGAAGGAAGAAACGAAGGAAGGAAGGAAGGAAGGUCAAAGCCACUUCCCACUAAGGAUGACACUAAACACCCAGCAAGAAGCAAAAACCCCCCUGCGUCGCAGAGCCAGCACUCCACUACCCCUGUCCUCUCGGAGCCACCGACCUGGCUGCCUGUGCACAGCACCCGCCACGCAAUCCCAGCAUCCUCCACUGGGCCAAUCAGCCUCCCUCAACCCUCCUGCCCGGAAACCCUCACCUGCCCCAGAUAGCUGGUCCUCUGAAUCCAGCGACUCUGAAGGCUCCUGGGAGGCCCUCUACCGAGUAGUGCUGCUUGGAGACUCCGGCGUAGGGAAGACCAGCCUGGCCAGCCUCUUUGCAGGGAAGCAAGAGCGGGACUUCCAUGAACAGCUGGGAGAUGUGUAUGAGAGGACCCUCACAGUGGACGGAGAGGACACCACACUGGUGGUCAUGGACACCUGGGAGGCCGAGAAACUGGAAGAAAGCUGGAGCCCAGAGUCCUGCCUGCAGAUGGGCAGCGCCUACGUCAUCGUGUACUCCAUCGCAGACCGCAGCAGCUUUGAGAGCGCCUCGGAGCUCCGCAUCCAGCUGCGGCGCGCGCACCGGGCGGACCACGUGCCCAUCAUCCUCGUGGGCAACAAGGCCGACCUGGCCCGCUGCAGAGAAGUCUCCGUGGAAGAGGGCCGCGCCUGCGCUGUGGUGUUCGACUGCAAGUUCAUUGAGACCUCCGCAGCACUGCAGCACAACGUGGCCGAGCUCUUCGAGGGCGUGGUGCGCCAGCUUCGCCUGCGUCGCAAAGACAUCGCGGCCCAGGAGCCCUCAGCACCGCGACGGCGGGUUACUUUCGGCCAGCGUGCUCGUCGCUUUCUGGCUCGCCUGACGGCCCGCAGUGCCCGCCGCCGGGCACUCAAAGCCCGCUCCAAGUCCUGCCACAAUCUAGCUGUGCUCUGAAGCCACCCCCCCCCUUCUGGAGAUGAUGGGACAUUGGGAUGAAGUCUGAGCUUCCCCGAAGCUACCGAGGAGCAAGAGCAGCGUGGCCCAAAGUCCGCACCUUGGUCCCUACCUGCUGGCUGCCUUGAUGGCCCGAGCAUCGCUCAGAACUAGAGCCUCGAGGAGCACUCGGCUUGGGAAAGUGAGGGACAGACUAUAGGCCAAAGCUUCAAGACGGUGCAAAGUUGGGUGUUUUUAAAAUAAUGGGUGCCUUUUUAUAAGAAUUUCCCUUGUCUCUAGGCUCUGACCUAUUCUCAGAAACCCCCACAAUAAACCAGUCCAGAAGGCUGACCUCUCUGAGUGCCCAGACGCCUCCUUGGGCUAUCCAGACAUUUCUUCCUCUUGUCCUCCCAUCUACGCUGCCUACAGACUUGGUGGUUUGUCCUGCUGGCUUUGUGUCCAAGCCAACCAAUAAGAUGGCAGGCCAGUUGAGUGCUGAGGCCCUCUCUCAACCACUGGGUAUGGUGCCUAUCUUUGAGACACACUCAGGAUCGCUGCCAAUCACAGCUCAGUGUGACCCACUAUUUUCUCCUUAAUUCAUUUUCUGGAUUAUAGCUUCACAAAACAUUGUAUGGAAAGAAUCUUAGCUCUCUUUCUGCUAACGUAAUAGCUGGCAGUUGUGGGUGUUGUGUACUAAGCUGGUGCGACUAUUAAUCUUUGCCUGGGAGGAGAAGGUUACCAUUAACCUGGUUUGAUUAAUUAGGAAACCAAGGCCCAGGACAGUGGACCCCCAGGAUAAUACAACUGCUCUCAGUGAAGUAGCUAGGAUUCCAACCCAGUCUUCUUCCGCAAGUAUCUGUACCCAGAUUAUCCACAGUCCAGUCCUCCUUAAGAAUGUGACAGGGUACUUGGGAGCUGAGGCCAGCCUGGAUGAUUUACCCUACAUCCAAUGAAUUAAAGACUAGAGCACCUAUCUACCAUGUAUGAAGCCUGGAGCUCCAU